AGUACUGACACCUAGUGGUACAGUCCAAGUUUAACUCCGGAACCUUUGCGUUGGAGCUGCCGCUACCUUCGGAGUAAAUUAGGAGAGACACUGGGUUUUCCUAUGCUAAAAGCUAAAAGCUAAAAGGCCUAGUCGGGCUAACCCAGAACGCUCUAUUAAAACAACACAGUUUUGCUUGGUUAGUAACAAAGCCAAGUUCUUUUACUUGGUAUGGUGUCUCACAGACAGAAGCGGCUGUGGAAAUACGUGGAGGAGGGCAGUUUACUGAAGCUGAAGUCGUACCUGCGGAAGCACCGGGACCUGAGUGUGAACUUCGCCCAGGGUAAGAGGGAGCGGGGCCCGCUGCACUUGGCUUGUUGCCUCGGCGACGACGCGGUGCUGCGGCUGCUGCUCAAAAACGGAGCCGAUGUCCUCCAGAAGGACCGAAAAGGAGACACAGCGUUACACACCGCAGUUAACAGGGCUCUGAAACACGGGAAAACAGGUGAGAAAUGACAGGGAGUAAAAGUACCUGUUUUACUAUGAACUCCAAUUUUUAUGUGGCCCUCUCGUUUUUGAUUUUCAGCGUAUGAAGAUUUGGUCGUACCCCUAAAGAAGAGCUGCCCAGAAGCUUUAGAUACUCCUAACAAUGCUGGGGUCACACCAAAGGACCUGCUUAUGUGGAUGAAACACACAAAGGUAAUGUUGGAUCCCAUGACUUUUCCCAUUGUUGUAGUUACACACUCUGGUUUAACACACAAUUUGUAUAUUCAAAUAUGUUGGUGCAGUUCACAUGCACAUUAUGUGUCAUAUUCAUUGUUUUGUUGCAUUUCAUUCUGUUAGCGAGGUCCUGUGUCAGUCUGUGAAAUCCCCAUUGUCAGAAAAUUGUGAAAAAUUCUUGCAACAGUUAUAUUUGCCUUUCAAAACCCCUCAAAUUGCAAAACUAUAUACAUUAUAAGAACUAUGUGGUUGACAGAUGAUUCUAUUUAAACCAUAGUUCUAAAUAAUGUCAUGUAAAAUGUUAUCUAUUUCUUUUUGUGAUGAUGUCGAUUGUUUUGAUGUUUUGAAACCCUUUACCUGAACAAAUUUGGAUUUCAAACUAAUGGUAGACAAAGAGACAUGACAAUUCGAAGCACUGAAAGUAAAUGGAAAUUAUGAUUCAAGAGCAGGUAGACUCAUGUGUGUGUCUUAGAACAUUUAUUAUGACUAUAAUUUUCCUUGUGUCAUUAGAGAAAAGAAAAGGGAAAAAUGCUUUAAAACUCAAAUAUGGGUAAUUGAGACAUUAGAACGUACAAUUUAAAACAGUUGAUUGCAGUUGAUUAAGUGCCAGAAGGCUUGAUCAGUCAUUAUGAUGACCUUGUGUAUUCUGUCACUUAAUAUCUGUCAUACCACGGACUGAGGGGCAUUUGUUUUUCUUAUCUGGGAUGUUUGUGUCUCUGCAGUCAGACAAUCACAGUUGUCUAUUACAGUUUGCAUGUCUUGAGAUUUAGUGAUUCAUAGAAAGAUCAAUGUCAUAUUUCAUCUGCUUUAAUCCUUUAUUUUCUGAGUGUUAGCCUUUUCUUAAGUUUCUGGUUUUGGUGCAAAUGUAUGGCAAACGAAAAUGAUCUUGUAUUAUUUGGAGUUGGAUCAUAUAGUAAUACUGAAUUUGAUUCCUUCUGUUUUUCACAGCCUGCAGAAAACAUGAGCCAUCCUCCUGAAACAGACCCUGAGAAGGAGUGGCUGGAAAAGCUGUUUGGUGAAUGCGAGGAUGAAUUUUGUGAAACAUUUGGAGUAUAUGACGGUAAUUUAAACCCAUGUGUAAUUUAGAAUUUUAUUUAACCUUCUUCUCUUUAUAACAGCAAUGUUGUAUUUGUUUCACAGCGGAUGAUUUUCUUCCCGUUGAUGAUGAUGACGAAGACUUUGGUGACUGGGCUGACCGAAUCAGAAAAGAGUAUUUUGAUAAAAAGCACGCUGAAGCCCAGAGACUGGCUGCCUCAUCUUCUGCUGGAUGGAAAAGGAGGCAGAGUAAACAGGAGAGAGAGCAGGAACAGAAAAGUAACAAAGAGCAGCUGGAGAGGCUGCAGAGGGAACACGAGGAGUAUCUGGCACGAGCAGCUCGUAAAGAGGAAGAGACUCGGCGGGGUAAGAAGCGCAGGUACGAGGAGGGCUGUGCAGCUACUUUUAAGGCAGGCUCCUCUGCUGGAGACAAAAAGCUGAGCUACAGUGACAUCCCCUGGCCGGCUCCAAGAGGCACUGUGCAAGAGAUGGUGGAUGUGAUGCUGCACGGUGUGGACCGCAAAGACCUGACUGAGUUCCGUAAAAUGGUCCGGAAGCAGCAGUCGCUAUGGCAUCCUGAUAAAUUUUCUCAGAGAUGUGAAGCUCGACUAGAGGAGAAGGACAAGCAGCGGAUCCUGGAAACUGUCACAGCUUUGUCACAGGAGCUCAACAGCCUGGCACAGAGUCUGAGGACUUAAAGUUUAGUAGUUGUAUCAUCUACGUAUUUGAUGUGAUGAGCGUGCAGUGUGUAAAACUCCCCAAAAAAACAGCAGAAAAGUGCUUUGAAUAACACAAGACUGUGUGUUGGACCAAACAGUCCAACACACAGUCCUCUGUAUGGGAGUCUUGGAUGUUCACCACACCUUAAUCAUCAAAAAGUGUCUGAACUCCAAAUAUAUAUAUAUAUAUAUAUAUUUUUUUUUUUUGUAGAGUUAAUGGUUCGAUGCUUGCAGGAAUUUUCAUUCUUUGUUAUUAUUCUUGUUUGAUUUGGCUUUACUCGCAUGAUAGUUUCAGUGUUGGGAAUUGUCUUAACACAAACAAAUCUGGGCAACAACCUAACACAUUCACACUGAAAGGUGAGCAUCAAAGGUUCAUGCUGGCAUAUUUGCCUCCUGCAUUUAGGCGAAAGAUUUCAUACCUCAUUUAAAUUAAAUUACUGUCAAAAGGCAUCCCACUGAGCAAUAGACGGCUAUGAGACGUCUAGUUUUUUUUUUGUUUUGUUUUUUACCUAAUUUCAACCAUCUAGAUUCUGCAUAUUUUUAAACAGAAUUUAGAUGUUUCACUUUAACACAUUAGUCAAUAACUUUUUAUUUUUAAAAAAGCAAUUGUGAGUUGCAUAACUGAUUUCCAAGUACUAAACCAAAAUAAUUAUGAUAGCAGUUGAGCAAUAUACAGUGCUGUAUAGAUAUAACCCAGAUUUAGACUUGGUCUAAACUUGGUCUAAAUUUAGAUGUCUAAAAAAACUUUCAUUUUUAGACCUGUGGUAGCCUGAUUUUAGACCAGUCAUCUUAGACCAAAAAAUGCUCUGUGGGGUAUCUAACCCAGAGAGUCCCUUUUGUCAAGUCAUCUUUGCUUUGUGAUGGUAUUUUUAAACUUUGACUCAAAAGAUUUCUUAUAAAUAUGGAGUUUCUCAGACCAAUGUGACUUUUUUUUAGCCAUUUAAUUAAACUAUUUCGUGAAAAUGUG